AUGAACCGAGACGAUUGCUCUCAUAUCCAGAAGAUUGCAGAAGGGGGCUUUAACAAGGUAUUUCUUGUUAAGACAGAUGAUGGCUGUGAAGUCAUCGCGCGUAUUCCGACACCGAUUGCCGGACCCCCUCGUUAUACCACAGCUAGCGAAGUUGCUACGAUCAAUUUUCUUCGAGAUGUUCUCAAAAUCCCUGUACCCAAGGUCUUGGAUUAUUCAGCCUCGUCGACGAAUCCAGUUGGAGCCGAGUAUAUUAUAAUGGAGCGAGUACAUGGUGAAAGCCUUGCGUCAAGAUGGCUCAGUCUCUCGACCGAAGAAGUCAAGGAUAUCAUGACACAAAUAGCCAAUAUUGAGCAGAAGCUUUUCUCUUUUGAGUUUCCUGGUUAUGGCAGCUUAUAUCAUACUCAUGAUAUCGAGGGAGAGCGUCAACUGCCCCUUCAAGUGGGGGACUAUUGUAUUGGGCCUGUUGCUAUUCGGCAAUUCUGGCAUGACGAGCGCUCCGAGAUGGAGCUAGAUCGAGGUCCAUGGACUUCGGUCGAGGACUGUAUGACAUCUGCUGCACGUCGGGAAAUGUCUGUUUUGCUGCACCAUGCGAAACCAAAGCCCCGAGAAACAUUUCUUCUACCAACCGAUUACAAUAUUGACCCGCGCGAGCAUGUCUCGCUUCUUUCAAAAUAUUUGCAGCUCGCGCCUUCUCUAGUUCCCACAGAUACCAGCCUCCAUCACCCGACAUUAAAACACCCAGACUUGAGUUUAGCAAAUAUUUUACUUGUUCCUGGCUCGACUCAGAUCACCAGUAUUAUCGACUGGCAAGAUGCAAGUGUCCUACCUUUAUUCAUGCAAGCAGGGUAUCCGGCCUUUUGCGAGCAUGAUUCAUCACGCCCCCAGAGUUUGACAAUCCCCGUCCUUCCUGAAGGAUUCGAUAGGAUGAGCGAGAUAGAGCAGAUGGAAGCAAUAGCAAAUUUCCGAUUGGAGGAUUCAAACCUCUACUAUACGGCGGCAACUGGGAUACACAACAAGAAACACAUGAAUGCUCUGAAAAUGCCAUACCUUGGUAUGCGACGGUACUUGACCCAGCAAACAGCACUUCCCUGGGAUGCGGACGUGAUCAACCUUCGAUCAGCUCUUGUCGGCAUUACGAAUGCCCACAUAUGGAGUGGCUUCUCGCCAUUACCCUAUCCAGUAUCUUUCUCGGAAGAGGAAAGAGUAGCAGCAAUGGAUGAAUCCUCGCAGUGGAAUGAAUCCGAAGCUCUCCUUUUAAGAGUGAGAAAUGAUCUAGGAAUCGACCUGGAGGGAGGCACAGAGCCGGAAAAUUUCGAGGCAGCCCAUCAGAAAAAUACAGAACUGAGGCUGGAAAUGCUACGCCAGUCCGAGGUCCAUGAACGCGAAUUGUGUUGGAGGAAUUGGCCAUACAAGGAUGAUGAAGAUCAGUCCUCUCCGCCACAUGUUGAUUAA